CCCAGCCCAUGGCACCACCUCCAUCGCCCGUUCCAAGUUCACAAGGUAGCGUGGCAGGGGGAGGAAAUCAAGGUUGGGGCAACGAGGGGAAUGGAGGAAGAGGUGGCGGAAGAGGACGAGGCAAGAAUGGCGGUGGCCGGGGUGGACAAUGGGACAACCAAAGCUACCAAGGCCAACAAAGUCAAGGGAAUUAGGGAGGUGAAGGAUAUGGAAGACCUCGUUUUGACUGGAGGACCGCUAUUUGCCAGCAUUGCGAUAGGCAAGGUCAUACGAUACGAUGGUAGAAGUUUCCUCAGCACGUGUGGGUUUUGGAGAACCUUCGUCAAGAAUUUUGUUUCCAAGACUGAACAUUUGAGGAAGUUGGUUCUUCAGGAUUACGAAUGGGUAUGGGGUGAAGAGCAGGAGAAGACGCUGGCGAAAAUGAAGGAAGAGUUUCGAGAAGGAUGGUUGGUAUUGGGAGCACUGGACUAUGAGGCCGUAGAGGUGAGGCCAUUCAUCGUUGAGACAGAUGCUGGACCGACUGCCUUAGAGGGAGUCCUGAUUCAGGCAGAUAUCGAGGGGAAGGAGGGACCACUAAGGUUCGAGAGCCGAACUCUUUGUACGACCGAGAGAAAUUAUUUUGAGUUUAAGAGGGAGACUCUAGCUGUCCUCAACUGCCUGAGGAUUUUUCAAAACUAUAUCUUUGGCAGAAGGUUCAUAUUGAGGGUGGACCCAACUGCGCUCACUUAUUCACUGAGAAAUUACGUUCCAUCAGAUCCAACUGUCGUCAGAUGGCUAACGUACAUCUGGAUGUUUAAUUUCGAAUUGGAACGGAUUCCAGAGAAUAAGAAUAGAGCAGAUGGGCCAAGUCGCAUGAACUGGGAUAAGCAAAAGGGAGGGGCAGUAGAGGACACGCCCCCAGUUGAUGGCUUAUUGGAUCAGGAGGAAGGCGUCCGCCUUCAUACUAAUAACUGGUCCUUGCGAGUGUCGAGUUGCGUUGGCCAUCCCAUUUGGCUUGCACCCAGAGGGUAUGAGCAGAAGACAGAACUCGUGCUCAAGCCUUUUGAGGAGGAGGACUCAUGGGGCGACAAAGGUGUCCAAUGGAUAAUGAAGUUGGCGUUGGCAAGCAUGCAUAGUCUGGUGGAGGAAGUAAGAACAAUAGAGGAAGGGUCAGAUCAAGGUGAAAAGCACGAGGAGGUGAUGGGGGAAAUGUACCUUCUCGUCAAUACGCUUCUGCAGGGGAAUUUUGAUCAAGUAAACUCGCUGAAUCCGACUGAGAAUGAAGAUAUUGUGCCGGGGAGCCAGGAUGACGAGUCUGAGGAAUGGAAGAUCAAAGAAGCAUUCCGUGCAGAGGAGUAUGAUGGGAUCUACCUGGAGCUGGGACUUCUCUUAUCGUGUGAAAUGCGGGAUAGGAAUGCUAGUGAAAAAGCUCAAAAGAUAAGGCAUCUCUACCUGGUGAGAGAUGAUCAUCUCUUUGUAAAGAGGCGAGCAGGGCACCCCAACAGGGUUGUAUGCGGGAGGAACCGUCAGAUCGACGUUAUAGCCGCGCUUUAUGAUGGCAUUGCAGGAAGGCAUCGAGGAGUUAGUGCCACGUAUGCCAAAAUAAGCGAGCUAUACUAUUGGGACAAGAUGAUGGAGAUGAUCAACAAGUUUUGUCGUUCCUGUAUACCUUGUCAAGAAAGGGCUCCUCAGAGGCCAGAAGAGUCGCUGCAUCCAAGGUUAGAGAGGGAAGUGGGUGUCGCAGUACAUCUUGACUUACUGUUUAUGUCGAUUGGGGAUCAUGGCUACAAUUACAUCUUCGAUGCGCGAGACAACCUUUCUGGCUUUGUAGACAGUUGCGUCAUUCGUACAAAGACCGACUCAGUGUUGGUAAGCUACAUCGAGAAGUACUACCUGCAUUAUCCCUUCGUCAAGGAAUUCGUGAUGGAUAGGGUCAGAGUUUACUUGCCAAGAGGUGCAAGAGUUGUUGUCAGGAUACGGCGUGGUAGCCAAUUAUACCACGGCGGCACAUCCCCAAGCAAAUGCUCCGGUCGAGAGGGGGCAUAGCACCAACACGAAUCUUUUGGCUAAGUGGACUGAAGGUAGGCCUAAUCAGUGGCCAAGGUCUGACUUUUCGAAGAUAGCCUGCCGAGAGGAGGGGGGGAGACGUGGCCACCACGGAGGGCAUUUAAAGCAUCAAGGGGUUACAAGCGACAUGGGUCUCACCGGAGGGAGCACACGCCCGUGUAUGACGACGGGGAUAUAAAGCUCUUCCUGGACGAGUUCCAAGGGCACGCGGAGCACAUGGGGUGGACGGUGGCACAGAGGAUAAAUAGGUUGAGGGGAG